GCAUCGGUGUCCGCCUGGGUGUGCGGGGGCUGCCAAGGAGCGCUGCCCCAUCCCUCUCCCCUCCUGUAGCCCAGAGGGAUCCCCCCCAAACCACACCAGGCUCCUGCCCCGCUGCAGCCCUUGUCCCCGCCGGGACGGCCGGCGCGUCCCAGCGCCAUGGGGAAGCAGAACAGCAAACUGCGCCCGGAGAUGCUCCAGGAUCUGCGGGAAAACACCGAGUUCUCCGACCUGGAGCUGCAGGGUUGGUACAAGGGCUUCCUGAAGGACUGUCCAUCCGGCAUCCUCAACGUGGAGGAGUUCAAAAAGAUCUACGCCAACUUCUUCCCCUACGGCGACGCCUCCAAGUUCGCCGAGCACGUCUUCCGCACCUUCGACACCAACGGCGACGGCACCAUCGACUUCCGAGAGUUCAUCAUCGCGCUGAGCGUCACCUCCCGCGGGAAGCUGGAGCAGAAGCUGAUGUGGGCCUUCAGCAUGUACGACCUGGAUGGCAACGGCUACAUCAGCCGCGAGGAGAUGCUGGAGAUCGUGCAGGCCAUCUACAAAAUGGUCUCCUCGGUGAUGAACAUGCCCGAAGAUGAAUCGACUCCGGAGAAACGAACGGAAAAAAUCUUCCGACAGAUGGAUACUAAUAACGACGGUAAAUGA